AUGGCCUCUUUAGGCCUGGCAUACCUUGAUCCGUCGGGUUCCGACCCUAGUUCGGACGGGGACGGGGACGUGGAACUAGUAGUGCUGAAGCUAGCAGUACUAAAGGUGAUAGCGCUGGAGCAGGGCGUGGACGUGGUCGGGGACGUGGACGUGGAGGAAAACGCGCGCGGGGAGGUGCCUAAGAAGCAGGAUAAGCAAUUUAUAGAGUAG